AUGUCCUUAGCACGCCUCCUCACCUGUGCGGAGCGCAGCCGCGCAGCAUCCCCGCAGCUUCCUGUUUCCGCAGCGGCGGCCCCGCGUGUCGCGGUGGCCCCGGGAACCCCGCCCCGGCGGCCUGUGCCGCGCGGAGGCACCGGACUCGUCCUGGAGAGGCCCGGCCGGCGCCGGCGUUCGGGAACGCAGGCUUCGGCGCCUGGCCGGCCGGGCCUCCACGAGCUGCGCGCUGGGCGACAGCGCGACGCGGGCUCCACUGCAGUGCUGACAACAGGACCAAAGAAAGGCGAGGCCGUCACUUGGCGGCGUCUUCCUCCAAGACGCUGGCCCAGGGCGCCAUCCUUGUGUUUUCUAGACGCUUCUAUCGGCUUAGUACUUGGUUCUGCCGCUCGUCCGAACCCCCAGGUAGUCGCUGCAAACGGUGGCGUACUGGGGACGAGGACUGCCCCAGGCAGGCGAGGGGAGCGCGCUCGCGGGGCCCGGGAGGGGGCGCCGCAGGCCGCCGGGGGCGAUCGUCCUGACAGGAGGCCCCUGGCGUUCUCCGCGCGCCGGGACAGGGGGCUCCCCACAGCCGUGCGCUCCGCCCGCCGCCCCCGGCGCUGGCCUGCCGGCCGCUGCCGCAAAACCGCCCGGAGCCGCGGGCGCAGGCGGGAGCGCGUCGCGGCGGGCCGCCUUGAGGAGCCGGCGCCGGGCACCGUCGGGAGGCCCCGGGUGGCGCGCCCCCGCGCCCUGCCAGGCCACCUCCUGGGGGUCCUCCACGGUCUCUCGCCUUCACCUUCUCCUGGACCUCACGGAAUGUGAGAGGAGACGAUCAAAAUCCCACUGGAAGAGACAGAGGCCAUUCUGCCUUAGCUACUUUUCCACCAAGCAGGAAGAAAAAGGCUCCCACCUUCCACCUCCCAGCUACAGCCCAGCCGAUGACAGACUAUCACAACUCAACCAAUGAGAAGCCAUGAUACAUGGGACUCCCAGUUUACUCCAGCAGAUUUUCUGCUUAGAAACAGCCUCCUAACAGGGCACUUUUCCUCUAUAAAAGAGCCCCCUCUCCUCUGUUCUCCAGACUUGCCUAUGAUUCUUCUGUAGCUUGAAUGUCCUGCAUUGUAAUUCCCUGCUAUUGCUGAAUAAACCUGUUUUUGUUGGUAAAAUA